UUGUUUGGCAACGCCGGUCCUCUUUGUCGUUUCUGGCGCGGCGUGGUGUGGUGUCGGGACGCUAGCUAAGACUAUUUUAUUAUAUUUUAACAUUGUAGGGGUUGUAUUUCCGUUCAGUUCUGACAGGAAGCUUCGGAGACUUAAAAAAUGAGUGCGUCGCGUUCCCGCAUUGUGCGGCUGUGAAACGCGCUGCGUCGCGACUGUCGGUGCCAUGGGCAAGGUGCGUGCGCCGGCCAGUCCGGACGCCGGGGAGGCGGCCCACCGGCGCGGACGGGACUCUGGCCAGCGGCCCUCCAAGGAGGAGCGCAAGAAAUGGCGCGAGCUCAGACUGCUCAAACACGUGGAGAAGCACCGCCAGCUGAAGGAGCGCGCGGCGGCGGCGGCGGCCGGGGGCGGACAGACGGCGCCGCUGUCGUUCCCGGCGGCACCCGGCGCCGGCCGCGGCGUGUCGCGCACCCUGGCGCUGGCCGUGCCCGGCUCGAUCCUGGAGAACGCCCAGAGCCGCGAGCUGCGCGCCUACCUGGCCGGCCAGGUGGCCCGCGCUGCGGCCGUCUUCUGCGUGGACGAGGUGGUGGUGUUUAACGACCAGGGCGCGGCGGCGCUGCGGCCCGGCGCCGAGGGCUCGCAGCUGCGCGCGCCCGAGUGCUGCGAGCAGCUCUCCCGGCUGCUGCAGUACAUGGAGUGCCCGCAGUACCUGCGCAAGCUGCUGUUCCCGGUGCACGAGGACCUGCGGUUCGCCGGCCUUCUGAACCCGCUCGACUGUCCACACCACCUGCGGCGUACCGAGGAGAGCGAGUUCCGGGAGGGCGUCGUGGCCGACCUGCCGGCCGUCAAGGGCCGCUACUCGCUGGUCAACAUCGGCCUGACGCGCGAGGUGCGCGCCGACCGCCUCCUCGAGCCGGGAGUCCGUGUCACCCUGCGCCUGGACCCGGACGGCCGGCGCGGCACCGUCGUCCCGCCGCGCACUCCCAGAAUAGAGAUGGGCACCUACUGGGGGUACUCUGUGCGAAUGGCGCUCUCCCUGGCAGACGUAUUCGCGCAGUGUCUGCACCCGGGCGGCUACGAUCUGCUGCUGGGGACAUCGGACAAGGGUGACCCGCUGGACCAGCUGGAGCUGCCGGCCGCGCAACACGCGCUCAUCGUGUUUGGUGGCGUCCAGGGCCUCGAGGCGGCGCUGGAGAAUGACGAGAAGCUAACCCUGGAUGACCCGGCCGACCUGUUUGACCUGUACGUGAACUCGUGUCCGGGUCAGGGCUCGCGCACCAUCCGUACCGAGGAGGCGAUUCUGAUUACACUGGCGGCGCUGCAUCCGCGCCUGCUGGCGGCGGACCGAGGGGCGGCCGGGGAGGGGAGCGGGACUGCCGGGGAGGAGAACGGUGCGGAGGGGGGCGGGGCGACCGGUGGCGACUGCGCGGCCGGAGAGGGAGGCGACGCGGCAGAUGGGUCAGAAUCCAGUGACUAGUGUGGAUUGUGAGAUGUAAAACCUGGGUUUAAAGGGUGUUUUGAAUUUCGAGCUAACGAUAUGAUUGUGGUAGGCUGGGGACUGGUGGGUGCGUAUUCUUGUCAAAACUAGUGACGUGUAAACACCUAAAUUUUUCAAUUUUGUUGAGUGUCAUUUUAGCCAAAGUCGUGACAUGUUAUUGUAACAACGAGCAGUUGGCAGUAAGCCUAAUACCAUUUUGUUGACGCCAACAGACUGAAGCUAAGGUGCCUGCCUGACAUCAUUUUCCAUCAUAGUUAUCUCAUAAAUGAAGCUGUUCAUGAUGCAAUGUUUGUUGUUUUCGCAAAUAUAUGCCAUGCACAUA